GGCUUCUACAAGCCUCAGGCUGCCUGUCACCUCUCUGGUUGUCACCCAUUUGAUUCAUGCUCGUGAGUCGUGACGUAGUAUUAGCUGAUUACGUAAAUUGCGUAAAUUUACGAUGAUAAACAUUCUAAACCAGCGUAGUGUGGAAUUCAAGGCCACGCUCUAUACGCAGAGGAGAUGACGGUUGCCUGGCAACUUGGGUACGCUCACAAUAGGCCGGGUACAAGUACAAGUCGGUGCAGCAACCGGGCAGUGCGGCGACUGCUGACCGUUACAGGAAUGGCUGAAGCCAGAGUGUCCACUUACUUACCACCUAACAUCGACCCCACAAAAGCCCCAAUUGCAUUUGGACAGAGGGCUUUACCAAAACUAAAUGAGGAGCUGAGGGACCCUGAGUUAAUCACACGGCAGAGAGCUCUAAUGGCACUUUGUGACCUUGUGCAUGAUCCGGAGAAUGUCUAUCAGGCAAUGCGUUUGGGUUUUAUGGAGAGCCUGAAAAAUCUGCUGUAUGACCAAGACUGCACUGUCCGACAGAAGACUACAGAAGUAUUUUACAUCAUGGCCAGUCAUAAUGCGGGAAGGGAGGGCAUCUUGGCAAGUGAGGUUAUUAUUGCCCUGUCCCGUCUCCUUGAUGAUCCUGUUGAUAUUUGUCGGAUGAACAUGCAUCAGACAUAUCAGAUGCUGUCUGAGCUUCCAGCUGGUGCUACUGCUCUUGUGAAUGCCGCCCUAGUGUCGCAGCUGAUGAGCAAGGUGGACUCGGAGCUAGAAGAGAUACAGGAGGUGAUCCUGGACCCUUUGCAUUUUUGCCUUCAAGCAGACGUUACCCAGGCUCUCAGUGCAGGAGCUGUUUCUAUUCUGAAGGGGAAGCUCAGCCACCCACUAGUAGGCAUUAGGAGGAAGGCAGCCUGCGCCCUCAUGGAAAUAUGUGUGCCGCUAGAAGGAAAGGAGAGUGUGUGUAAAGCAGACAUGGUUCCCCUGGUUGUUCAGCUCCUGGAUGAUAGUGACUCUGAAGUUAGGGCCAAUGCUGCUGGGGCUCUGAUGUACAUCACCAUCACUACUCCAGGCAAAUAUGCUGCUCUUCAAGCUGGUGCUAUCCCAAAGCUGCUGGAUCUCGUGAAGGAUAGCCACAGUAAGGUGCGACUGAACUGCCUCAAAGCACUAACCAACCUAUCCGAGGCUCCUGAGGGUCGCAAGAUUCUUCUAAAUGGCGUGAAUGUAAUCCAGGGAUGCUUGGCCGACUCCAGUGAAGCAGUCAGGAGAGCUGCUGCCAUAGCAGUGCGAGUUAUCCAAUGGAAACCAUGAGCCAUGUUACAUGGAAUAGUAGAUAAAUUAACGUCACAAUUCACCGCAUUAUUAUAAUUUUUUUAAUGAUAUGUAUUUUUUAAAAAACAUUAUGAAAAAAAUAACAUGCAAUCCACAAAGGUGAUCUCAGUAUACAAAGUUUCAAUAAUGUAUAUGUAGUGGUAAACUUAAGGGCCCUACACAUUGAGCGAUCCGCCGCCGAGCUGCCCGACGGCGGAUAUGGCUGAUGGGCGACCCGGCGGCGUAGGAGCAGUAACGGGGGAGUAAAGUUUCUUCAGUCCCCCUGUCACACGGCUCCAUAGAAGUGCAGGCAAAUAUGGACGAGAUCGUCCAUAUUGGCCUGCAUGCACAGGCGACGGGGCACCAGCGAUGAACGAGCGCGGGGCCGCGCAUCGUUCAUCGCUGGUGCCUCCACACUCAAAGAUAUGAAAGAUAUCUCGUUCAUUAAUGAACGAGAUCGUUCAUAUCUUUGAGUAUUAUCGCCCGGUGUGUAGGGCCUAUUAGAAAGCAAGCAUGUCAUGUUUUAGAUAUUAGGCUUAAACGCUCCAAGAAGCAGCAGCUUGCAAAAGCAGCCACUUAGUACAUUUACCUCAUACACUUUGAUUUACAGGAACAAACAGUAAGUAUACUGUAAGAACAAUUGUGUCAAAUAGGAGAUGAAAGAUACCCACAUAUAAAAGAUUAUUUUAAGAUGAAUGACCUCAAAAUGUCAUGGAUACGCCAUAUAAUAAGUAAGUUUUGAUAGUAUUUUUUUAAAUCUAUUUACUAAUAUUGAAAAUCAGGAGUAAUAGGCCCUACACACUGGCCGAUAUUUUGAAA